AUGGACGAGGUAUUUCUGGUGUACCAGUUUAGUGCGUGGCCUGUUGGUGAAGAUAGAUCAGGAGAAGAACAGAAAGAUGACUGUCAACAAUAUCAGAGAUGGACAGCUCCAACUGCGGAGUUGAUCUUCUUUUUCGUGGCGUUGGAGUUGCAUUUUUAUGAGGUUAGAGUUUAUUUCGGUGUUAUUGUUGCUUUUGAUUAUUUGAUGGAAAAUGGUGACUCUGAAACAAAUGACGUUGCACGAAGUUAUGAAAAAGCAUUAACCGAUAUUGAUUUUGCUAUACUUCUUAUUAUUGUUAAUCGUGUAUUUUGUAUUACUAAACCAUAUGCUGAACAGUUUCAAAAGCCAACAUGUGAUCUUGUUAAAUGUUAUCAAAGUAUAGAACAAGUCUCAGUAUGUCUAGCUGAAUUAAUUUAUGGUGAUGAUCAAUUACAUGAACUUUAUAAUGAAUUUACUACAUUUAUUGAACAUAAUGAGAUUGAUCAUCGUUUAUCACGAGUAGCAUGUCGCCGUUAUCAAACAGUCAAAGAUUAUUUUGUAGACGUAUACAAACCACUCAUCAAUAUGACGAUUGAAGAACUUGGAAGAAGAUUUACCGAACAUCAAAGGAUUGCUAUGAAUAUGUCAAAUUUAAUCCCGUCAUAUAUUGUUAAUACUCGAUUUUCCGAUGUUUCAACAUUAUUCAACUAUUACAAAGAUGAUUUACAGACUGAUGAUUCUAGUAUUCACAAGGCUGAAUGA